ACUUUCUGCAACAAUUAACGAACCUUGUUAAAAACAAUCCCACAACAACAAAAGAAAACCUCCUCAAAAUCAAAUCAUAAGCCCUAAUUUUUCAAUCUCUCAUCUCCGGCUCCAUCUUCUCUCGUCUCCCUCCUGAUCCAUUCACUUCCAUCUUUCCCAUUGGCAAGCUCGGUGGUGCAAGAGGUCAUUGGGCAUCGCAUCCAGGACAUUGACCAGGCAAUCGUUGGCUAUGUCAUCAACGUCCUCGCCAACGAGGACUUCGAUUUCGGCGUCGACGACGAGGGAGCCUUUGAAGCUCUCGCAAUACUUCCUUCCCUUUCCCAUAAUAGAGCCAAAAUAAUCCAAACCCUAAACCGAUUCAUUCACCUCACACCGUCGGAAUUUAUAGUUGUCGUUGGGAGCAGCCAGUCUUGAGUCGCAGGUGGACAACAAUGGUGGCUGCUGUAACUACUUCUUAUUUCCUUCUCACUGCUGACUAUGGUACUGAACCAAAUGGUUUUGACCAAAUAUCGAUCUCUCUGCUAGUCGACCUGGGGAACGGUCCAUCCAUAGAGUUUUUGUGGACCAAGGAGGUAGCCAUUACAUUGCUGUAGUAGUCGGCAAUGGAACUUCUGACACGUUUUACACGCAUGCAAAGUGGACCAAGCCUCGUGUAUUGAGCAAACUGAAAGGCCUUGUAGUGAAUGUUGUUGCCUAGAAUAGGCAACAUAUAACAGAAGAUCAAACUCAAGGCAAUGUUGGAGAUUUUUUGCAAACAUUGAAUCAGAAGCAAUACCAGCAUUUAAUGAGUAUGCUUAGCACACAUCUCACUACUGCUAAGAUAGAAGAUGAAGGAACUAAUUCAGGCCAUGUGUCAGGACUUAAACAGCUCGAAGAUGAUUGGGAGGGGUAAGAGAGUUGAUGGUCUUGAUAUCAUUAACACAGCACUUGGUGCAUUGAAGGGUUGUAAUGUUCGAGAAUCUAUCUGUAAUUCUACUUACAAUGUAGUGAAUAAUUCUCGCAUUUGGCAUAGUAGAUUUGGGCAUUUGUCCUUUAAAAGAUUGGAGCACCUGAAAGGUCAAUUACAUUUUAAGACUGAUAAAAGAAUGGAUGAUGUUCCAUGUUUUGUAUCUCCACUUGCCAAACAAAGAAGAUUGUCAUUUGUUUCACAUAAUCAUCUAUCAUCUAAUGUUUUUGAUCUGGUUCAUAGGGGCAUAUGGGAUUCUUAUAGUUCCCCAACACGUAAUGGCCACAGACUGAAACUGAGAUUGACUAUGAACCUUUCUUAUGAAACUAGUGGUGAUAUCCUUCUUUUUUACAUAUAAAUAUGUUUUUUUUCCCUCAUGUUAUAUUAUUUCCUUAUUCCUCUACAAGUGUUCUUUCCUUACAGAUUGACAAAGAGUACAUGUCACCUCAUUUCAUUAUGAAUAAGCAUAAAUCUCUGGCGAAGUUUGAAAAUGCUAGAGUUCUUGUGACUGCUCAAAAGAUAUCAACUGUGAAAGAUAUUGUGCCUUUGUUGGAAAAGACCACCCAACUGAGUGUUCCUCUACUCAUUAUUGCUGAAAAAAUUUCAAGCCAAGUGCUGGAGACUCUUGUUGUCAACAAAAUGCAAGGUACAAUUAAUGUUUCUAUGAUAAAAUGUCUAGGAGUUUUCUGAUGAAUCAGUUGAAUCAAAGAGAGAUGGCCAUUAGACAGAUAUGCUGGUCAGACUCGCCAUUAGACAGAUAUGCUGGUCAGACUCCUGUAUUUUAUGGAUUAGCAGAAAUUAGCCUCACUCUCUCUUCAGCAAAAUUAGUGAUGUUAAGGAUAUGGUGUUUGUCUCUAGCCAUCUACUUAGCUGAUGAUGUUUGACAUCUCUACAUGGUUCAAGUCGUCAAAAAUAUGGGAUGGUAUAGCUUACAUUCGCAGGCGAAGAGAGGUAGAGUCUACAGAUGUUUGAUAUGGUGUUUGUCUCUAGCCAUCUACUUAGCUUACAAGUUGUAAAUUAUCUUCUUUUAUACAAUAAUUUUCUGUUGUUUAAGAAGAGUGUAAGAUAAUGUUUAUUUGAUGGGCAUUAUGUAAAUCAAAAUUUUUCUUCGAUUUAUUAUAAUGAUGUGUUUUGACUA